CGGGGGAGAAGCGGGCGAUCGGAUUUUCCCGGAGGCUGGUGUGGAGGAAAAUCCAAAUCCCACCCGGACUCAAAUCCACAAUAAUCAGCCGAAGCCCUCAGGAUAAGGGAGCAGUUGUUCAGGCCGGGAGAGUAGGAGCGAAGGGCGAACGGGAGGAAGCGAAAUCUGUUUCAUGGAGGCUGAGGCAACAGAAAAAUUCGGAGCCUGGAUGUGGACAAGCAAAACAGCAGAACUAACUCAGGGAAUGUCUUUCAGAAGAAGGCCGAACCUAGGCUGGGUCUGAGAAUCAGGCUGGGUAGGUGGAGAAACCUGCAAGUUUAAAGGAAAAAGAAAAGGAGAGAAGAUUUUGUCUGGUUUGUGGUUAUUGCUACCGUUUUAAAGGUAAAAAGCAUUGCAUUUCAGGUGUUUUUUAAUUUUUGUUUUUUUCUGGUGCGAGUGGCUCGCUUAAGAAUUUCAGAACCUUUAAUGUAACAGCUUUUUUGUUUUUGUUUUUAAAGGAAAUUCAUAAUUUUGGUUCCAGGGUUGUACUGGACUUGGAAGGAGUGCUUUUGUUUACAUACUAUUGUAUGGUUUAAUUUUUUCUUUUUGCUGUGCAAAUCAGCUGGAAGAUUUUUUUUGUUUUCCAAGUGCCAAUUCUGAUUUAUUCUUCUUUUUUUUUUUUAAUCAUUCCCUCAAAUGUAUCUGUUGUUUUAAGCAUUGAAGACCUGAGGAUUUUUCCACCUUUGAAGCUUGAGGCUCUUUUACCAACAGAAGGACAGCUGGAAAAACUGGAUUAAAAGGAUGGUUUUUAUCUAUAUUUUGUAGUAAGACUGAUAUUUUGGGGGCAUAUUCUUUCUGUGUCUCAUUUUUUAGCCCAUAGCGCUAACCUUUUAGAGAUUUGUGGUUGGGUUUUUGGUUUCUAAGGUCAUAGUUUUUCCUCUUUUUCUUUCGUUUUGUUUUUUAAGGGGGGGGGGAGGGGGAAGGACUAAGAAAGCAGACCAUGUUAACUGGUAAAGUAGAAUGGACCUUCAGUUACUAGGGUCCUGAGAGCUGGAGGAACAAGGAUUCAGUCUUCAAGUUGGGAGGCCCUCCUCUCACCUUUCUUAAAAAUUGCAAGGAUUCAGUCCUGAUCAAGUCAUCAAUACUACAGGAUUCUGAAACCGUGGAGACACCAAGAAACCAUGAGUGUAAGGUUACCCCAGAGUAUAGACAGGUUAAGUAGCCUGUCUUUGGGAGAUUCAGCACCUGAGCGCAAGUCCCCUUCCCACCACGGCCAACCCUCUGACACCUCUGAGACAACAGGUCUUGUUCAACGCUGUGUCAUCAUCCAGAGGGACCAGCAUGGCUUCGGCUUCACAGUCAGUGGGGAUCGCAUUGUUCUGGUACAGUCUGUGCGGCCUGGAGGUGCAGCCAUGAAAGCCGGUGUGAAAGAGGGCGACCGGAUCAUCAAGGUGAACGGCACCAUGGUGACCAAUAGCUCACACCUGGAGGUGGUGAAGCUUAUCAAAUCUGGUGCCUAUGUUGCACUGACCCUCCUGGGCUCUUCACCCUCCGUUGGUGUCUCUGGGCUCCAGCAAGACCCAGACCCAGCAGGAGCUCCCCAGGUCACCCCUGUGAUCCCACCACCACCACCUCCUCCACCCCUGCCACCACCACAGCGCAUCACAGGACCCAAACCUCUGCAGGAUCCCGAAUUUCAAAAACAUGCCACCCAGAUCCUUAGGAACAUGCUGAGGCAGGAGGAAAGAGACUUACAGCAUAUCUGUGAGGUGUAUAGCCGGAACCCCGCCAGCCUGCUAGAAGAGCAGAUCGAAGGUGCCCGGCGGCGAGUCACUCAGUUACAGCUGAAGAUCCAGCAGGAGACUGGUGGCUUAGUGGAUGUACUUCCACUAUAUGGUAACAUCAGCCAGAGAUCAUCAGAAGGCCGACUUUCUCUGGAUUCACAGGACGGGGACAGUGGCUUGGACUCUGGGACAGAACGCUUCCCUUCCCUCAGUGAGCCACUGAUAAAUCGGAACUCAGUUCUGUCAGACCCUGGAUUAGACAGUCCUCGAACCUCCCCUGUGAUCAUGGCCAGGGUGGCCCAGCACCAGAGGUGGCAGGGUUCGGAUGCCCCAGGCCCCCCCACCAGCGACCAGGGUGUAGAUCAAAACCCAAAGCCUUUAAUUAUUGGCCCAGAGGAAGAUUAUGACCCGGGUUAUUUCAACAACGAGAGUGACAUCAUAUUCCAGGAUCUUGAGAAACUUAAGUCACGGCCAGCUCACCUGGGGGUUUUUCUACGUUACAUCUUCUCUCAGGCGGACCCCAGCCCACUGCUUUUCUACUUGUGUGCAGAAGUUUAUCAGCAGACAAACUCCAAGGAUUCCCGAAGUUUAGGAAAAGACAUCUGGAAUAUUUUCCUAGAGAAAAAUGCGCCACUGAGAGUGAAGGUCCCAGAGACGGUACAGGCUGAAAUCGAUUCGCGCUUGCGGAGCGGUGAGGACUUACGCGGCGUUCUCUCUGAGGCGCAGGAGGCAACCAUGCCCGAGAUCCAGGAGCAGAUCCAGGACUACAGAACGAAGCGCACCUUGGGACUGGGCAGCCUGUAUGGUGAAAACGACUUGCUGGACCUGGAUGGGGACCCUCUCCGAGAGCGCCAAGUGGCUGAGAAGCAGCUGGCAGCCCUGGGAGAUAUUCUGUUCAAAUAUGAGGAAGACAGGAGCGCCCCCAUGGACUUUGCCCUCAACACCUACAUGAGCCAUGCUGGGAUCCGGCUUCGAGAGGCACGGUCUUCAAGCGCGGCUGAAAAGGCCCCGUCGUCUGCUCCUGACAAAGACAAGUGGCUUCCCUUCUUCCCAAAGACCAAGAAGAGCAGCAAUGCCAAGAAGGAAAAGGAUGCCUUGGAGGACAAGAAGCGAAACCCCAUUCUCAAAUACAUCGGGAAGCCCAAAAGCUCAUCCCAGAGUACAUUUCAUAUCCCCUUGUCCCCUGUGGAAGUUAAACCAGGCAAUGUGAGGAACAUCAUUCUGCACUUUGAGAACAGCCAGCAGUAUGAUGCCCCAGAACCUGGGACACAGCGACUCUCGACAGGAAGCUUUCCCGAGGACCUCCUGGAGAACGACAGCUCACGCUCAGAGAUUCGUUUGGGCCGCUCUGAGAGCCUGAAGGGUCGGGAGGAGCUGAAGCGCUCUCGGAAGACAGAGAAUGUGCCCCGCUCUCGCAGUGAUGUUGACAUGGAUGCUGCUGCGGAGGCUGCUCGCCUCCACCAGUCAGCCUCAUCAUCUGCCUCCAGCCUCUCCACCAGGUCUCUUGAGAACCCAACCCCUCCCUUCACCCCCAAAAUGGGCCGCAGGAGCAUUGAGUCCCCCAGCUUGGGGUUCUGCACAGAUGCCCUCCUCCCUCACCUCCUAGAGGAUGAUCUGGGCCAGCUGUCUGACCUGGAGCCAGAGCCAGACACCCAAAACUGGCAGCACACCGUGGGCAAGGACGUGGUGGCUGGGCUAAGCCAGAGAGAGAUUGAUCGGCAGGAGGUCAUCAAUGAGCUGUUUGUGACAGAGGCUUCUCAUCUACGCACACUCCGGGUCCUGGACCUGAUCUUCUAUCAGCGAAUGAAGAAGGAGAACCUGAUGCCCCGGGAGGAGCUAGCCCGUCUCUUCCCCAACCUGCCCGAACUUAUAGAGAUCCACAAUUCCUGGUGUGAAGCCAUGAAGAAGCUCCGGGAGGAGGGUCCCAUCAUCAGAGAAAUCAGUGACCUCAUGCUGGCUCGGUUUGAUGGCCCCGCCCGAGAGGAACUCCAGCAAGUGGCCGCCCAGUUCUGCUCAUACCAAUCCAUAGCCCUGGAGCUGAUCAAGACUAAGCAGCGGAAGGAGAGCCGAUUCCAGCUCUUCAUGCAGGAGGCCGAGAGCCACCCUCAGUGCCGACGGCUGCAGCUGCGGGACCUCAUCAUCUCUGAAAUGCAGCGGCUGACCAAGUACCCACUGCUGCUGGAGAGCAUCAUCAAGCACACGGAGGGUGGCACUUCUGAGCACGAGAAGCUCUGCCGGGCCCGGGAUCAGUGCCGGGAAAUUCUCAAGUAUGUGAAUGAAGCAGUAAAGCAGACAGAGAACCAGCACCGUUUAGAGGGCUACCAGAAGCGCCUGGACACCACCUCCCUGGAGAGGGCCAGCAAUCCCUUGGCAGCAGAAUUCAAGAGCCUGGAUCUUACAACCAGAAAGAUGAUCCAUGAGGGGCCUUUGACCUGGAGGAUCAGCAAGGAUAAGACCCUGGACCUCCAUGUGCUGCUGCUGGAGGACCUCCUUGUGCUGCUGCAGAAACAGGACGAGAAGCUGCUGCUCAAGUGCCACAGCAAGACAGCUGUGGGCUCCUCAGACAGCAAGCAGACCUUCAGCCCCGUGCUCAAGCUCAAUGCCGUUCUCAUCCGCUCCGUGGCCACAGAUAAACGGGCCUUCUUCAUCAUCUGCACCUCCGAGUUGGGCCCACCCCAGAUCUAUGAGCUGGUGGCAUUGACAUCAUCAGACAAGAACACGUGGAUGGAACUCUUAGAAGAAGCUGUGCAGAACGCCACCAGGCACCCAGGAGCUGCCCCGACGCCUGUCCAUCCCCCACCCCCAGGUCCCCGGGAGUCAACCCACCGGAGCCCCAGGUCCAGCAGGGUAGGACUGGAUGACUCAGAAGUAUUUCAAAGUGAACCAGAACCAGAGGAGCUCCCUGGAGGUACUGAGCCCCAGCAGAGAGUCACAGGGAAGCACUCGGUCCUGCUCGAGGGCCCCAAGCGUGAGGGCAGCAUAGAAGAAAAGGAACUGAGUGCCCUGCCUCACCCUUCCACAUCCCUUAAUGGAGAGAACAGGGGUGGCAGGACAAGGGACCCCAUCGUCCUGCCCCUCCCAGACCCUCUCUUCAUGGAAGGACUUGCCGAUGCAGCCCUAGAAGAUGUGGAGAACCUGCGGCACCUGAUCCUCUGUGGCCGGCUGCCAGGUCACCCCAGGGAACCACAGGCUGCUGGGGAGCCUGAAGACGACCUGACACCUACACCUUCUGUCGUCAGCAUCACCUCUCACCCCUGGGACCCAGGCUCCCCUGGACGAGCUCCCACUGGGGGUGAAGGGGAGAGCACCCAGCUCCCAGGGCCAGAGGGGGGCCAGCCAGAGCAGGAGGACAUGGCUCUCUGCUCUCUGGACCACCUACCCCCAAGGACCAGAAAUUCUGGGAUCUGGGAACCUCCUGAGCUGGAUAGGAAUCCAGAGGAAGAAGCUCCAAGCACAGAGGCAGCAGGAAGUUACAAAGUUGUGAGAAAAGCUGAGGUGGCAGGCAGUAAGGCUGUCCCUGCACUACCAGAGAGUGGCCAGUCAGAGCCUGAGCCACCUGAAGUGGAAGGCGGAGCAAAGGCUACGGGGAACUGUUUUUAUGUGAGCAUGCCAGCAGGACCCCUGGACUCAAGCACCGACUCCUCAGGGGUACCCACAGACCUCUCGCAGCCUGACAGCCUCCCUGCCUGGCAGACAGAGCCUCAGCCUCAGCUGCAGGGAGGCAGUGGAGACCAAAGGCGCCCCAGCUGCUCUCCCCCCAGCCUGGCUUUCAGGGACAUGGGCAUAAUCUUCCGAACCAUUGAGCAACUCACCCUCAAGCUCAACAGACUCAAGGACAUGGAGCUGGCCUACAGAGAGCUGCUCAGGUCCCUCGGGGGAGAGUCCUCUGGUGGCACCACGCCUGUGGGCAGUUUCCACACAGAAGCGGCUAGAUGGAUAGACAGCUCCCUGUCACCUCCAGUGAAGGAGCCCUCAUCCUCUGACUCCAGGGACAGCCACGAACUGGAGCCCUGCCCUGAGGACAGAGCCAGCAACCCCCUGGAAGACAGGGCAGCAGACGCAGCCACAUCCCCAUUCCCAGGACUGUAACUGUCCACACCACCGGAUCCUCUGCAUCCCCACUCCUUGCUAGGGACUGGCCUGAGGCAGGGCGCACGGUGGGGCACCCCAGACCUCCUCCCGUGGUAGAGGCAGUUAGGAAACGGAUCUGCCGAGGGACCUGCAUGUUGCUUGGGAGUCCAGUUUCAGUGUCUCUUGUUAAUCCUCACCCAAGGAUAUUUUUUUCCAUUGAUUUUAGAGAGUGAAAAGGGAGGAGAGGGGGAGAGGG